AUGGCCCCUUGUCAUCGGUGCGGCUUCGGGACAAGGAGCGGCAGAGGACAGGGAUGGUGCAGCAAUCCGCAGUGCCGCCAAGCCGAAAAAGAGGAGUGCCUGGCCCAGAAGAGCGCAGAGAAAAUUGUUUGGCAGCAACAACGGGCAGCGCAGGGAGCGGGCAGUCGUGGACCCUUGCGCGAAGAGAACAGCAGAAAGGCAGAGCGCCGACAGCUGCAUGAGGAAAGGGCGCGGGCAAAGGCAGAGGAGGAAGCAGGCGGCCGUGGACCUUUGCGUGAAGAAGACAGCAAAGAAGCAGAGCGCCGACAGCUGCGUGAGGCAAGGGCGCGGGCAAAGGCAGAGGAGGAAGCGGGCGGCCGUGGACCUUUGCGGGAAGAAGACAGCAAAGAAGCAGAGCGCCGACAGCUGCAUGAGGCAAGGGCGCGGGCAAAGGCAGAGGAGGAAGCGGGCGGCCGUGGACCUUUGCGGGAAGAAGACGGCAAAAGGGAAGAGCGCCGACAGCUGCGUGAGGCAAGGGCACGGGCAAAGGCAGAGGAGGAAGCGGGCGGCCGUGGACCUUUGCGGGAAGAAGACAGCAAAGAAGCAGAGCGCCGACAGCUGCGUGAGGCAAGGGAGCGGGCAAAGGCAGAGGAGGAAGCGGGCGGCCGUGGACCUUUGCGGGAAGAAGACGGCAAAAGGGAAGAGCGCCGACAGCUGCGUGAGGCAAGGGCGCGGGCAAAGUCAGAGGAGGAAGCGGGCGGCCGUGGACCUUUGCGGGAAGAAGACAGCAAAGAAGCAGAGCGCCGACAGCUGCGUGAGGCAAGGGAGCGGGCAAAGGCAGAGGAGGGAGUGGGCGGCCGAGGGCCCAGGCCCAUCGCCUCGGAGAUUCAGCAGCAGGGCUACCCUUUUCCAGACGAGGACACCUUGACCCAGGAGCAGGCACAAGCCCAUUACUUGGCUUUUGCGCGGAGCUGGAGUAGAUUUGGCCUUUCUCGCGUGUGCCAGAAGUGCCAGACUCUAACACCAGGGAGGCACUGCAGAACAGCCAAAGGAAGUGGCCAGCUGCUCUGCAGGAAUUGCCGCGAGAAUCGCACCAAGGUGGUUUUGCCAAUCCCGGCCCCCAUCCCAGAAGCACUGCAAAGUCUGCAACCCAUCGAGCAGCAUCUCCUCGCCAUGGCACGCAUCUCGCAGGUCUUGUUGGACAAGCUGCCAUCAGGCGGCCCGAGCGCGCAGUGGGGUCGCAUGUACGCAGUGCUCAUGCAGGAUCCUUUCAUCUGCGACGUCCUCGAAGGCGCCACUUUGGAAGAAGACGGUACAGUGCUGGUCGAGGGCGUGGACGGCAUGACCGCAUCACCAGCGCGUUUGGAGCACCUACACGCGGCCUUGCAGGCCUUGAAGGAACUGCACUGCCUCUAUCAACGGAGCCCGGCAGUGGACAGAGCUCUGGCGAGAAUGGCUGCCAUCCUCGCCAACAAGACAUCCGCUGCGGCUGCGGUGCCAACAGACCCACUUGCGGGAACAGAAGCAAACCAAGAGAUCGAGAUGACAUACCUGGUGCCGAAGCAAUUCCAGGCCCCAAAAGCCGACGUACAAGAUUUGCGAAAAGUGCGAGGAUCCGCAGACCUCAGCGAUGGCAUGGAUGCAAAAUUCUUCCCACACUUGUUUCCCACCGGCACAGGAGGCUGGAAGAACGACAACGGAAGCUUUUCCCAAUAUGCCCGGAAGCGUCUGCUGAGCCUGGAUUCCCGCUUCGAAGCGUCCACGGCCUACAUCAUGUGGCUGCUGGAGAUGCAGACCAAGAAGCGACUUUCCGGAAACAUCAACGUCCGGAUCGGCAACCAGCGGGUGCCCUACGGCAGUAGCGACUACGAGAACGGUAGCCGUCAGGUGUAUGCUGCCUUGCGGGACAUGCCUGGCACGCAGCCGUACCUGUACGCCAAGAAGGGAGUGGCGCUCAACAUGUACGAGCAGCUUGGCGCUCCCAACUUCUUCAUGACACUGUCCUGCCACGCGCGCCAGCCUGCGUUGCUCCUCGCGGCUAUCUCGGCACGGCUGCUGCGGCUGCAUCCCGACCGCCCUCAGGCAGAACUGGAGCAGCACGCUGCGGAGAUCCUAUUCCGCUACCAGAAUGACAAGAACUUCACUUGGGAUGGGUUGUCGCCCAACCAGUUGUGCAACCAGCAGCCGGCAGUGGUAGCGCGACAAUUCAUGCACCAAGUCUCUCAGCUGAUGUGGUGGCUGUCCAGCACGCGCGGUCCGAAAGUCCACCUGCACGAAGAUGCUGAUCCACAAGAUGGAGUCGAGGAGAACGACUGCGAGGACGUGGAGGACGACGCCCAGGCACCCGCCACGGAUUUUGCAGGCCUUCAUCGCCGCAUGCGCAAGGAACGGCCUCCUUUCAAAGUGUUGGACUACAUCAUUCGCAUAGAAUGGCAAAAGCGGGGCUACCCCCACGCUCACAUCCUGCUUUGGAUCGAAGAGUGGGCCAAAGCAACGCAGCAGCCAGACAAGAUGGCGCCCGACGGCGAAGACUCCGAACAAGCAGCAGAGACACCGGUUCCAGACUGGUCUGACGAAGAGGCCAUGGAGAACUUCAUCCCCAAGUGUGCGGAGGACCUCAGCGACAAGUACAUCUGCACCAAGUCCCCGAACACGUGGCGCCAAUCCCACCGCGUACCACCCAGAGAUAGAGAAGUGAACGCAAAGCUGUCCGCAGAGGUGGUGCACAACCACACGCCAUAUUGCGGCAUGUACUCAGAAGGCGCCUGUCGAUUUGGAUUUCCACAUGAUGCAGAGCCCCGGACUCGGCGUCGAACAUCGCAGGAGCAGUACGCCAACAGCCGCUGGAAGAGCAGCCUUGCGACGAGACGAGUGAAGGGAGACAGCAUGAUGGGACAGUACAACAUUCGAAUCUUGAGAAGGUGGAGGGCAAGCAUGGACCUGCAGGUCAUCUGCGAGCUCACCAGCGCCAGUCGGUACAUACUGGGCUACACUUUCAAGUCGGAGGAGGAUCGCGAAGCGCAGCGGCGAAUGGAAAACAUCCUUGCCAUCCUAACAAGUCAGAGCGCAGGCGCCGGCCUCGACAAUCAGAAGAUCUACAAGGCAGCCCACGCGGCGUUGCAGGGCAGGACCACGUCGACCUUCGAGGCAUGCCACCUUCUGCUGGGCUUCCCGAUCAUCGAAUUCUCCAGGGACAACGUCUGGGUACAGGUGGGGCCUCCAGACACCUGGACAGUGUGGGUGCCCAAGCAUGAGGAACAGGUGGCCUUGCAGCAGCCCACUGACUACCGCAACAAGAAGAUGCGCCAAGGUGGGAACCUGCCUGUUGCUCAUCACUGGUACCGGGAAAUGCAAACCACCUUCGGUGAACAUGAGACGACCUUGCCAGUGGAAGGCAGGGAGCCGGUUUCCUGUCGGUUUAGUGAAGUCACCUUCCUGGACUUUUGCGCGGCUUUCAAGUACAUCGGCGUGCAAGAACCACAGCCUCGCAGGCGCCCUGCAAUCGUCGGCUACCAGAACUUCAACCCGGACGAGGAGGCCGAAGCUUUCUACUACUCCAAGUUGCUGCUGCACCUGGUGUGGAAGGAACCUGGAGAUUGGCUGUUGGAGCAGGAUGCAGGAAGCCAUGCAGCAGCGUUCCAGCGCAUCGCCCGAGACGUGCGCGGCCACCCAGACUUCCUUCGGUCGAGAUGCUUCCCUCAGCUAGAUGGCACCGUCGACGCCGCCCGCAAGCUGCAGGCCGUACAAGCGACGAUGUACAUGAAGGCCAAGAUGCAUCCGGCAAACCUGCGGGACGGCUGGGCCAACAGCAAGGUUGCCGAGGAGAACUACAAGGAUUCCUUGCAAAUAUUGGAGGCACUGAAGGAGCGGUAUGGAGGAGACAUCGACUUCCUGGCCCCGGACUCUGUGCCCACCGGAGCUGCCCUCAAUGCCUUUGCGCCGGUCGAGGAAGGCGAAGAAUCAUUCGAGAUGUUGACGGUUGAGAACCCCUGCCCGGAGACCACGCGCCAGUGCCAAGCCAUGGAGCACAUCGUCCAGUCAGUUCUGAGGCAGCCGAACACCAAGGACACGCAGAAUACUCAGCGUCUGCACAUGCUCCUCCACGGGCCCGGCGGCAGCGGCAAGUCCGUGGUGGUACGCGCAGCAGCUCACGUCCUGCGGCAAAGCAAGAAAGGAUGCAUCAUAGCGGCGCCCACGGGUGUGGCAGCAUUCAACAUCAACGGUGUCACCCUCCAUCAAUGUUGCUUGCUCCCCGUAGUGAACCAAAGCCACGGCAAGGCCUGCGACAUGCCGCUGCCGGACCGCCAGAAGUUAGCCACUCUCAGAGACAUCUGGUCGAAGGUCAGCGUUCUGUUCGUUGACGAGAUGAGCUUCAUCCCCUCCUGGAUGUUGGAGCGUCUGGAUCAGCAUCUCCGUCUUGCCAGAGAUCUGCAAACCCUGCCCUUCGGAGGACUGCACGUCAUCUUUGCCGGGGACCUGUAUCAGUUGCCUCCACCAAGCGGGCUGCCGGCCUUCGCCAGCCGGCUUUGGCUGCUCUUCCAGCUCUGCGAGUUAGAAGGAAACCAGCGGGCCGCACGCGACCCAGCCUGGGCCGCUCUGCUGGCACGCGUUCGGGUGGGACAGCAGACCGACGCCGACAUUGAGGUGCUGCGGAAUAUGGUGAUCAAGAAAGGCAGCAAGAAGCGGCCCGCCCCGAAAGCCGUGAACCUAUACGCCACUCGCCAAGCAGUCGCCGAAAGCAACCGCCGCUACAAGGAAGAGCACGUCUUGAACACAGGAGAACAGCUACACGAUUGCCCAGCUGUCGACACCAACGUCAAGACCGGUGUGCCGCUGUCUCCAGAUGCCGUCUGGGCCGAGCCGGAGAACACGGGUGGCUUGGUAGGCCUGCUGCAGGUGGCCAUUGGGCUCCGUGUCAUGCUCAGAUACAACAUCGACGUGCGAGAUGGCUUGGUCAAUGGCGCCUGUGGCACGGUGGAGCACAUUGACACCGAGAAAGCCGGCGGGGAAGUCGAGAGGAUCUGGGUUUCUUUCGAGAAGAAUGCUGGGGCCACUUGGCGAGCAGAGCACGAAACCUCCUGCGUGGCAAUCUCGAGGCGCUCGGCCACGUACCUUGACAGAGACGGCAGCAAGGCAUCGAGGCAUCAAUUCCCGCUCGUUCUCGCCAAAGCCAUCUCGAUCCACAAGAGCCAGGCAGCUACCUGUAAGGACGGAGCGCAUACCCGCCUCGAUCACACCAUCUUCGCAGAAGGUCAAGCCUACGUCGCCCUGAGCCGCUGCCCCGAACAGGCACUCUGCAGCUUGGAGCUCUUCAACCCCAAGGCUUUGCGGUUCAACGCCAACGCAGAGUGGGCCCUGACCAAGCUGAAGGCGCAGCAAGCCGACCGGGACGGCCCGGAUCUCUGGAAGGCGUUGUUCAAGCCGGAGCAGAACAAGGAGUUCUAUGAAAGACGACUAGCUGAGAUGGGGACGCCCGACUGGAACCGUCUCAAGCCAGACCACGGCGAGCGCAUCGAGCGGCCCUGGUGUUGUGCACUAUGCGGCACGGAGGCUCCCAACACCAAAGCUGCCAUCAAGGCUCAUAAGCGCAAGUGCCCGGCCAAGCCACCAGCCAAGACGAACGCCAAAAGCAAAGCAAAGGCCAAAGCAAAAUGCAAAGCAAAGUUCGUCUUCAUGGGCCUAGGCAAACGGGCUGCAGAAAGCUCUUGCGCGGCCGGGUCUUUGGCCAAGAUGCAACGGACAGGCAGCCGACCCGAUCAAGACACACCUGCAGGCCUGUAUUUUGAGGCGCAAGAGCAAGCUCUCUGCGGCAUGCACGCCCUGAACAUGGCCUUGGGGGCAGCCUUCUUCACUGAAGCGGACAUGGACAACGCCGUGCAGGUUGUCCUCGAAGAAGGUGGGGUGGAACGAGGUGAAGCUGCAGAGGACCACGCGGCGCCAGGUGGCUUCUACUCCUCGGAAGUGCUUGCGCAGGUACUGCAAACCAAAGCCAUGGCUGCUUUUGGUCGUGUGAGGUGGCAAAUGGACCUUCAACCCGUCGUGAGCAAGCACGAUCUGGAAGCAGCUGCCGGGGCGGUGCAGAACCGGGACAACGCACACUGGGUGGCAUAUCGAUAUUUCCAUGAGAAGAUCUUCAGGUUGGACUCCCUGGCUCGUACCCGCAGAGCAGAGCAGAUACCGGAAGCCGUCUUCUUGGCGGAGCUCGCUCGACAUCCCGCGACCUACUGCAUCCGAGAGGUCUAG